CUUUGCAUAAUUUUUUUUUCCUCUCUUUCUCUUAUGAGCAAAAGAAAAAGACAAGCGAAAACUACAUCACCUUACUUUGAAACAAAGAAGCCCAAGCCUGAAAAUACAAUCGAGGAAUUUCCUCUUGUAUCAGAUAUUAUUGAAGACGAUUUGAAAGUAUUGUUUGUAGGUAUCAAUCCAGGCUUGAUGAGUUCAACAAGAGGUCAUCAUUAUGCUGGGCCCACCAACCAUUUCUGGCCAUGUUUAUCCGAAAGUGGCCUUGUUGAUGAAAAAGUGACAUUUAAAGACGAUAUAGAUAUGCCAGCUCGAUAUCGUUUAGGAUUCACAAAUUUGACAGCAAGACCAUCUCGAAAAGCAUCUGACUUGACGUUGGCUGAACAACAAGAAGGUAUACCUAUCUUGAAUGAAAAAAUCAGAAAGUAUCGACCUAGAAUUGCGUGUUUUGUUGGAAAAGGUAUCUAUGAAAUUUAUGCUCGAAAGAAAUGUGAUGUGAUGGGUGUUCAGUCUUAUUCGAUUUCUUGGGAUUCUGGUAAAGGAGAAACAAUUAUUUUUGUCAUGCCAAGUACAAGUGGACUAGUUACUUCUUAUCUUAGACCAGCUAAAUUGAAGUUUUUUCAAGAACUAUGUGCAAUUACAGAGAAGCAAGAUAAAAAGUAUCCAUUAGACAAUUCAUCUCAAUAAAGCUACAUAAGUAUACAAUCC